CUCGAACUGCUCAGCUGAGUAUCAGGAUACGAUAUACACUCAGUGUCGAUCGUUUUUGCCUCUUUGCAAAGAUGAAGACGAUGUCAAUGGAUGCCACAGCACUGGAGCCACUUUCGAUCAAGGCAUUUUUGCUUCUCUUGUUGCCAGUCUACCUGGUAGGCAGGAUCAUAUAUGCCUUGGCAUUCGACAAGCUGAGACACAUUCCUGGCCCUAAACUCAACGCUGUGUCGCGCAUACCUUACGUUCGUCACCUCAUCCGAGGGACCACUGUCGAGAACGUCGUCGCACUGCACCGCAAAUAUGGAAGCGUGGUGCGAGUCUCUCCAAACGAAAUUUCGUUCACGAGUGCAGACACCGCUUGGCCAGAUAUUUAUGGAUUCAGGACCGGCAAGUUGAAGGGCCACCUCAAUACGCAGAAAGAUCCAGUCUGGUAUCCGGCGCCAGUCAAUGGAGCCCCUUCAAUCUUGAUAGACAACGACGAGAACCACUCGAAGGGCCGGCGACUUCUCUCGCAUGCCUUCAGCGACAAAGCGCUGCACGAGCAGGAGUCACUCAUUCAGAAUUAUGUCGACCAACUAGUGGAUCGUCUCAAGGAAACGACAUCCGAGAACAGUCAAAAGCCUGUGGACUUGACCAAAUGGUACAACUGGACCACAUUCGACGUGAUUGCCGAUUUACUCUUCGGUGAGCCCUUCGGUUGUCUUCAGGAUAUGACCACGCACAAGCACAUCAAGCUCUUGUUUGACUCGGUCAAAUCCUUUCGAUUUUUGUAUAUUCUUGGCUACUACCCCUUCGUCAAAUAUCUUCGAGGUCUCAUCGUGGACCCCGAUCUGCUCGCCAAACGUGCCGAGUACAUGAACUGGGUCAGCAGCCAAGUCACAAAGCGCAUAGGAAGGGAAACAGACCGACCAGACUUCAUGACUCAUAUUCUCGCACAUAAUGAUGGCUCGAAGGGCCUGGAGAUGAAGAAAGACACGCUCGACUCGAACGCGAACUUGAUCUUGACCGCUGGCUCUGAGACUACAGCGACUUUGCUCUCCGGCGCGACAUACUUGCUACUCAAGAACCCAGACAAAUUACAUCUCCUGCAGGAAGAAGUCCGCGGACGCUGGAAAGAAUACAGCGACAUCACAUUGGCCGAAGUCAACUCCGCGCCGUACCUCAUCGCAACACUCAACGAAUGCCUUCGCUACUUUCCUCCGGUCCCCACGGGCUUCGAGAGACGAAUCCAAAGGGGAGGCGAGUUCAUCAGCGGGGUUUACGUGCCAGAAGGGACCGCAGUACAAGUAUCACAAUUCCCAGCUCAUCAUUCGGAAGACAAUUUCAAGGACGCAGAGAAAUUUGUGCCUGAGAGAUGGCUGGAUGACGAUAGAUCCUCGGCGUAUGCUGAAGACAAGAAGAACGCGAUGCAGCCCUUCUCGUUUGGUCCACGGAAUUGUCUGGGGAAGAACCUAGCCCUUGCAGAGAUGCGUCUGAUCGUUGCCAAAAUGAUCUGGACAUUCGACAUGGAACUGGAUCCGAGCAGUGACGACUGGAUCGAUCGCUGUCGUGUGUUUACGCUGUGGGACAAGCCAGAGCUAGCGGUCAAGCUGACGCCUGUGAACCGCCCUUGA